AUGUAAAAGGAAAAUGAAUGGAAGAAAGAUAAAGCAGUUUUAGAAUAAAAAAUAUAUUUACUAGAACUUUAAUUAGAGUCAAGAGAAUCCAAUUAUAAAAAAUUGAAUGAGACUAUAUCAUAAACUAUAAAUGAUUCUUCUACAAUGUAAAAAGUAAUAACUUCUUUUACAUUAUUAUAGAGAUCUGUGUCAGAAUUAUAAAAAAAUGUCGAUAUUUAACAGAAUGAUCAUAACAAAAGCAUGUUCAAAGAGCAAAUUAAGUCUCUGGGACUUUAAGUAAUUUAUUGA